ACGUUGGUGUAUAUUAAGCACAUGGUGUUGAGCAGCAUUUGUCAUGAUUUAAAUAAUUUGUUCACUAGAAAAACAUGGCUUUUGAAGGCAGGCCAACAAUAAAGUCCCAGAAGCUGUUUCAACACAUUAAUUUUGCGUGGCAUGUAGAUUUGUACACUAGGUAUCUGUUGUGCGCAAACCUAACACGUAGACCUGAUAUAAACAUGAUUCACUCGUAAUAUUGGUCAAAAGACGACCAUGUCAUGUUUGACAGAUGGUUGACAUUGCAGUACCAUGGGUGAGUAUCACCGUUUCAGCGCAUGCAAGGUAAGAUGAAGAACCACCUUAAGCUACAGCGCGAAGAACCAGGCAUCAAUUACGACCAAGAUGCUGGAAUCGUCAAAGCCUUCAGAAAUAUCCCAGGCAUCACUUUGCAGAACGUGAAUAAACUGAACCUUCUGAGACUUGCCCCUGGUGGUCACAUUGGACACUUGAUAUGGACUGAAAGUGCUUUCCACAGGCAGGAUGAGCUCUAUGGCACCACAUGCAAACUUGCCUCCCUGAAAGUUAACUUAAACUUGCCAAUGCACAAGAUGACCAACACAAACCUGAGCAGGAUUCUCCAGAGUGAGGAGAUCCAGAAAGAACUUCAUGCACCAAACUUGCCAAUGCACAAGAUGACCAACACAGACCUGAGCAGGAUUCUCAAGAGUGAGGAGAUCCACAAAUAAGAAGAUCAAUCUCAGAGUACUGAAGAAGAAUCCUCUGAAGAACUUGAGGAUAAUGCUCAAACUUAUGCUUAGAGAGCAAGACGUCAUGCCAUCAAGCACAACGCUGCGUUAAGAAGUGAAGCUAGUCGAGAUGUUUUGUGGUUAUUUUUUUUAAAAAUGAAAAUGCGAUAGUCAGUUGUGGCUUUAAAAACGUGUUCUUUGUAGAUCAAGGCCUAGAUGCUUAAACCCAAGAAGAAGCCUGGAAAGAAGGGAGCACCCAAAAAAACUAGGGCAUAAAUGAAUACAUGGCAGACUGGAUGUUCAGUAAAAAUAAAAUGAUGCUUUCCAAUUCA